AUGACAGAUUCUGUGGCGCUGAAGAACCAGCUGCCCAAUGGCGUAAAGAAGAGCAGCGAUCACAGCGAUGACAGCAAACCGUCCGUGGACAGUGGAAUACCUGAGGGGGAGCUGCUGCUGCAGGCCCUGAACGGCUUCGUCCUGGUGGUGACCGCUGAGGGAAUCAUCUUCUUCUGCUCUCACACCAUCCAGGAUUACCUCGGCUUCCAUCAGACUGAUGUGAUGCACCAGAGUGUGUUUGAGCUGAUCCACACUGAGGACCAGCAGGAGUUCAGGAGCAACCUGCACUGGGCCCUCAAUCCUCCUGCCGGCCUCGGACCCCCGACAGAUCCCCAAACAGACGGCGAGUCGGUGUCGUCCUCUUCCUGCCUGAUCAGCUACAACCCCGACCAGCUUCCUCCUGAAAACUCGUCCUUCCUGGAGAGAGGCUUCGUCUGCCGCUUCCGCUGCUUGUUGGACAACUCCUCCGGCUUCCUGGCGCUGAACAUUCAGGGGCGGCUCAAGUUCCUCCACGGUCAGAGCCGUCAGCAGUGCGACAGCGAGGGGAGCGCCCCGCCUCAGCUCGCCCUGUUCGCCAUUGCCACGCCCCUCCAGCCUCCGGCCAUCCUGGAAAUAAGGACCAGAAACAUGAUCUUCAGGACGAAACACAAGCUCGAUUUCACACCCAUGGCCUGUGAUGCAAAGGGUAAAAUUGUUCUGGGCUACACCGAGGCGGAGCUGAGAGUCCGAGGUUCGGGUUACCAGUUCAUCCACGCUGCCGACAUGCUGUACUGCGCCGAGAAUCACGUGCGGAUGAUAAAGACGGGCGAGAGCGGCCUCACAGUCUUCAGGCUGCUCACUAAGGACAACCGGUGGAAGUGGGUCCAGGCCAACGCCAGGCUCGUCUACAAGAACGGCAAGCCCGACUACAUCAUCGCCACCCAGAGACCUUUGGUAGAUGAGGAAGGAGGGGAGCACCUGAGGAAGCGAUCGAUGCACCUUCCCUUCACCUUCGCCACCGGAGAGGCGAUGCUCUACCAGACCGGUUACCCGCUGCACGGCUUCUCCGAUUCCUUCCAGGGCAAAUCUAAAGGCAGCAAGUCCAAGAAAGGCAAGCAGGACAAGAGCUCGUCAGACGACCUGGACCCAAAGUCUCUGCUGGGAGCGCUGAUGAGCCAGGACGAGUCUGUGUAUGUGUGCCAGCCGGACACAGAGCCGAAGAUGUCUUAUCACAGCAGCCUUUUUAGCGAGCAGCAAAGUGACGGUGACAGUUUCGGUGGUUUGUUAGGUGGCGACAGCUGGCAGAUGAUGUCUAACGGGGAUGCGGAUAGAUGCAAAACAUCAAGUUAUGACCCACUGCUCGCCACUCUGGACUCUCUGUCCCUUGACGGAGAGGAGACGUGCUCCAACAGUGAGCUCUUCAGCGCCCUGGAAAACCUUGGACUAAAUGCUGAAGACCUGGAGCUCCUGCUGCUGGACGAGAGGAUGAUCCAGGUGGAGCUGGGUCCAAACCACGUCCCAACGCUUAGUGACCUUCUCACCAACAACGAAAUCCUCUCCUACAUCCACGACUCUCUGGAGAGCGGGACAGAAGGGGAGUCAACCCGUCCAACAAACACAGACUUGGCCCAAAGCGUCUCCCAGCAGCCGCAGGCGUCCCUCACACCUGCUGUCCCUCCCGCUGCUCCCAUCACACAGCUGUCGCAACAGAUGCAGCAGCACAUCAGUGCAGGCGAGCAGACGAGAACUCAGCCUGUCAUUCAGUCCCAGCCGGGACAAAUGGACGCCAAGAGUUUAACUGAGAUUCCUAACGGUCACUGGGUGGUAACCACAGACAACCACCAUCACGCUCACACUGUGCUCAAAGCCUCACAGCUGAACGGUGAACAUAAACACCUCAAUCUGGAGUCGAGUCAGCCGUGGCAGCUGCAGCAGGACCAGCACUCGCUCCACCUCCAGACCCAGCAGGUCAGCAGCCACGGCGCUCUGCUGCACGCCUUCCACAGUCAGCCCACAACUAAUGGAUCUUACAUCCCAAACGGACACACCGCCUUUCCACCCAACGUGGAAAUCAAUCACACAGGUUACAUCUCCAACGCGCCACACGCAGGUGGCGUGAUGCUGAACGGCGUCGCCACAGCGGACGUCUGUCACUACCAGAAUGUGGCGGGCGCCGCUCAGCCUCACCAGCUGCAGACUCACCAGAAACACCAGCAGGUGUUGCAGCAGGUUCCUCCAUCCUGUUUGCCCCAGUGUCCCGCCCAGAGCUCUGCACUGGAGCUGGAGCAGUUACUGGGACUGUCCCAGCCACCGCACAGCCUGUCAUCGUUACAGGCCUACAGCAUGUUCAACACCGCCACACAAGAGUCCUCUCACAGCAAGCUGGAGAACGGUUGUCUCCUCAGUGCCACCAACGCAGCGUACAUCAGGACGUGUCUGAUGCCGAAUGGAAACGGAGUAGCAACAGGAGACAUCCCAGAUGGACUCCCCGCCCUGCAGGACCCCCAGAAAUCUGGAUUUUUCCUCUGAAAGGACGACGGCAGAGCGUCACAGCAGGAGUGAAGAGAAGAAAAGGUAGAGAAGGAGAAAAAAGAGGAAACUCUUUAUUAUACCUCUUUUUUUCAGGAAGGACUUUGUAUCAGGUUCUGUUUGUUUCAGUGUCCCAUCGUUGUGCUACUGACGAAGCACGACGAGGACGUUUUAUAUCAAUCACGUAUUAUAAU